ACACCUGUAUAUCAAGUUUCACUACAUUUUCUUGGUUAUUGAAAAUGCUUAGCCUAGCAAGUUAUACAAGGCAACCCCAAUGUUGUAACAUGAAUUACAUCCCAAGUUCACAACUUCUUUCCAAGAUUCCUCCAACCCACUGGUUUUUCCACUCAAAUAAACUGACCCAUGCAACCAUUCCUUCUCUUCUAUGGCAAAAAAGAACUGGGCUGUCCCUAUCUGCACUCAAGAAUGAGGUAGAAGUGGAAGAAAUUGACAAUCUUGAUGAUGAUGACGAUGUUGAUGUGGAUGAUUUUAUUGGUGAUGAGGAUGAUGAUGAUGAGGUGAUUAUGCCGUUAAGAAAUAUGAAGAAGUGGUUAGAACACAAGCCUAAGGGGUUUGGAGUUGAUAAAGUGUAUGAUACUGCAGUUGAAGAUAAGCUGAUGGAAGAAAUUGAGCAGAGUAGAAAAGCUCAGCUUGCUAAUAUUAAUAAGCUUAAAAAUAAUCCUGUUAAUGCAAGUGCCAAAAAUGUUCAGCAGGAUAAAGUUGUUCAGGAUGGACUCCGCGUGCGCUUGGUCAAUCUUCCAAAGAAAAUGAACAUUAAUAAAGAUCUGCGAGUGGCUUUCAAAGGAGUUUCAGGAAUAGCUAACAUUGUUCCAGUUGUGACCGGGAACAAGAAGACCAGGAAUCCUAUUUGCAAAGGCCUGGCCUAUAUUGACUUCAAGUCUAAGAAUGAAGCACAAAGAUUUGUGCAAAUGUUUUCUGGACGAAGUAUAAGUUUUGGUAAGGUUCAGAAGCAAAUAAAGUGUGAGAUGAUAAAUCCCGGAUCACACAAGUCCAAAACUAUACAGUCAGUUGAUGAAAUCAAGUAUGCUCCUGAACAAGAAAAACCUGAUCUGCACGGAGACCAGGAUGAUGAUUUUGACGCAGAUUUCCUCUCGGAUUCAGAGGAAAACAUCUUCAUUGACGAUGAUGUCCCGGAGGUGGAUGAUUUAUCAGCAGACACGGAUGAUUAUGUAGAAAAUUCAGAAACGUUAUGUGCAGAGUCCACUUCGGGUGAUGAGCAGGAUGUUCGAGAAGAGACUGAAUCCUCAGAACAAAAGAAAGUUGAAGCAAAGGAGAAGAAGAAGCAGAAAAAGCCUAAGCAAAAAAAAGAGAUGGUCUCAAAAUUGAACGUUCCAGGAUCUGCGCGCAAGUUAAAAAUUAAGGAUAAAGCUGUACUCACUGGCGUCUUAUCCAAAUAUGCACAAAAGAUACCUUCUUGACUGUGAAAAACACAGAGCUAACAAUGGCCAGCAUUUGCAUUUCUGUAGCGACGGUACCUGGGUUUAUUGUUACUUCAUAGUCGUAGCAGUUCAUUUUUGUAGAUUUAUUAUUCACUUCAAUAUUCAGGUAAGGUUUGUUGAUUUCUUGUUUGUACAUGUUAAGUGUCUGAAUUAAGUAAUGGAAAUAAAUUGUGUGUUGAUGUGUA